AAAAAAAAAUUAAUUUUAAAUAAAAAAAUCCAAACCAAAUUAUAUUUAUUUUAUAAUUUGAUUGGAAAAUCCAUUUAAAUAGUUUUAAAUUCGGAUUCAGAUCCAAAUUGAUUCAAAUCUCAAAAAAACCCUAAUUCUGAAUUUCUGGUUCCUCUUCUCCUUCGCCUGGGCAGUCUCCGCCGCACCCGGCACCGGAGCAAGCAACUGGCACCGGUACCCUAUUGUCUCAUUCAACGUUGAACGGGCCUCACUUCUGUUUCUCUUCUUCUGCCUUUGGUCUUCUUCGCCGUCGUCUUCACCGUUGCCGAUCGCCGUCACAGGUGUGGGCUUCCGGUUCUUUUGCUUUCCAUUCGCCUCUGCUCGUGCUUCUUGCCUCUGGGUCACAGCCUCAUACGGGAUUGCUCAGCAGGGUUGGGAUCCUCUUCGGGUGCUGCUGAGGUAGAUAUCUCUGGUUAUCCUUCUGUUCUGUUCAUCAUUAUUUGAGUAAUGAAGCAGCUAUUAAUUGAGCAAGAUGACUGAAAACAGUAAUAUUGAAGCAGCAGGGAUGUCCGCUAGCACUCAACCAUCUUCUCCACUGUCAGAUGUUCGUAAGGAUCGGUUAGCUGUCUGGGAUCAUUUUGAUGUAGAGAAUGCUACCGAGAAGAAGGCUAAAUGCAAAUAUUGUGGUAGCUUAAUACAAUAUUGGAAUGGAACCAGCUCAAUGUGUGGUCAUUUGAGAAGAUGCAAGCAAAAUCCUAAUAAUGAUUCGAACAAAAGAGAAACAACGACCACGCCGACUAUAGAUGAGCGUGGUGCUUUAAAUUCACCCAGUGCUUCCAAAUUUGACCAAGAGGAGGCUCAAAGGGCACUUGUGGAAAUGUUUAUUGGGGAAGAGCUACCAUUUCGCUUCGUUGAAAGCCCGAAAUUCCGAAGAUUUGUGCAUGCCCUACAAGCAACAUUCAAAGUUCCUUCACAGACUACAUUAGCACGUGACAUUGGAGCUCUUAAUGCUGAAGAGAAGAUGAAGUUGCAAGAUUUUCUCUCGGCAAAUUGUGGUAGAGAACAAAAGUCAUCCGGUAAAGAUGUACACGGGACUGCUUCUAAAAGUAAUGCAUCUGCAAAAGGUUCGGCCCCACCAACGCCAUCAUCAUCAUCGUCAAAAGCUGGGACUUCCACUGCAGCUUCUGGACCUGUGAGUGAAGAAGAAAUCAGAGCUGUGUUAAAGCAAAAGACUCGAGUGACCACACAGGAUCUUGUAGCUAAAUUUAAGGCAAGACUAAGAUGUAAAGAGGAUAAGGAUGCAUUUGCAGAGAUCCUGAAAAGAAUAUGUAAAAUACAGAGAAAUCCAACUUCAAAUAGACCCAGUUAUGUUAUCCUGAGAGAUAAGUGAAAAUCAACUGCCCCACCUAUUGAAUGUGGUUGAUGAUGUAGCAUUCAAACGGAAAAAAUGGAUCCAGUUCUGUUGUCCUGAGAGAUGGCUGUAAAUGUUUUAUCCCAAUAAUUGGCUGCGACUGAUGAUGCAGCUUGAUAUAGAAAACAAAAGAACAGUUGAUACUUAAUAUGCCUUGUAAAUUCUUCACUUUUUGGACAUCAUUAUGACUGGUUUUCUAUCAAUUAAGUUUUUUCUAA